AUGGGUACGAUGUCAUCCAACAAUAACACAAGCAUUACAUUAGCGAUCCUUCAACUUCAAAGCGCUUUUCGAUAUCCAAGUCUUAUUUUAGGGUUUAUUCUAUUGAUCGGUGGUGUAUUAGGCAAUAUUCUUAAUAUAAUCAUCUUUAUUAAAGUGGGAAAUUACAAGAAUAAUGCAUGUUCACUUUACAUGUUCAUUCGAGCUUUUAUUGAUCUCUACAUUCUUCUUGCUGGUUUAGCUACUCGAAUGCUUGCUACAGGUUUCCAAAUAGAUUUUACUUUAAUGAACCGAAUAUGGUGUAAAACUCGCUUAGGUUUUGCUGAUAUUAAUGCUACAUCUACAUAUACUAUGAUUUGCUUACAAGCUACUGAUGCUUUCAUUUGUUCUUCUCCAUCAGUUGUUGUACGACAAAAGAGUAAUAUUCGAAUAGCACGACAUUUAGUCAUUGGUACACUUUUGUUUUGGUCUAUUCAAGAGAUACCCUACUUCUUUUUACAAGAUCUUGUUAUCGUAGGUGGUACCUUCAUGUGUAUCACAACAAAUACAGUAUUUGCUCAGUAUCGCACUUAUUUUACCACUCUUUGUAUUUUUACUACGAUUCCUAUCAUAGUGAUAUCUAUUUUUGGUUUUCUCACUGUUCGACAUAUAAAAACUAUCAGUGUAACGAGAACACUUUCUUCUCUUACUAGACAAACAAUCAGCAUGGCAUUAUUUCAAAUAGUUGCUCUAUUGGUUUUUAAUGGUCCAUAUGCAGCUUGGCAAAUUUACUCAAUUAUUACAGCAAAUAUAGUUAAUGAUUCGUAUAGACGAACAGUGGAACAGUUAAUUGCUUCGUUUGCUGCUACUUAUGGUUAUGGUCCAUAUGCAAGUUCAUUUUAUUGCUAUUGUUUAUCAAAAAGAUUUCGAAAUCAGGUGAUCGUUUGCCUCAAAGAACUGGCUUGUGGCAUACAUCCGAAUCAAGUAUUUCCAAAUACUCAAAGAAGUCGUACUCAUACUUAA